AUGGCCGACGCUCCGUAUGAUCCUUACGUUCCCAAGAACGGCGCCGAAGCAGCUGGCGGCGUAUCGCGCACGCAGGCGCUUCAAGGUGAAAUCGAUGCAACCGUCCAAGUAAUGCGAAAGAAUAUCGAGAAUGUGGCUCAGCGUGGCGACCGCCUGGAUGUCCUGCAAGAUAAGACGGAUAACCUGGCAGAGUCCGCACAAGGUUUCCGUCGUGGUGCCAACCGAGUUCGCAAGGCAAUGUGGUGGAAAGACAUGAAGAUGCGAGUCUGCAUCGUUGUUGGAAUUAUCCUCCUCUUGGUUGUCAUCAUUGUUCCAUCAGGUAAGUUGUCAAUAUGA